CUGCUGAGCGGCGCGGAGCGGAGCUGCCGCCUCCCCGCGUCCCGCCCGGCCUGCGCCGCGCUCCCCGGCACCAUGAACCGGCUCGGCUCCGGCCCCGUGGGCAGCGCCACUGCCGCCCCCGCCGCCGGCCAGUACCGGGUGUGCGGCAUUUGCCGGAAGGUGCCGAGACAGGAAAAAAGAGUACAAGUCUCCCCACCGCUGACAAGAGGACCAAGUGCCUUUAUACCAGAGAACGAAGUUAUGCAAGCAAAUGGUUUGGAUGAACGUACUAAUCUUCUUGUGGAAGAAUAUUCUACGUCUGGUCGCCUGGACAACAUCACACAGGUCAUGAGCAUCCAUACUCAGUACCUGGAGUCUUUCCUGCGCAGCCAGUUCUACAUGCUGCGCAUGGAUGGGCCCCUUCCUUUGCCCUAUAGGCACUACAUUGCUAUAAUGGCUGCUGCCAGACAUCAGUGUUCCUACCUAAUAAAUAUGCACGUGGAUGAGUUUCUGAAGACUGGUGGGAUUGCAGAGUGGUUGAACGGUUUGGAAUACAUUCCCCAAAGACUGAAAAACCUGAAUGAAAUAAACAAGCUCCUUGCACACCGGCCCUGGCUCAUCACAAAAGAGCACAUUCAGAAACUUGUCAAGACUGGGGAAAAUAAUUGGUCUCUUCCUGAGCUGGUGCAUGCUGUUGUCCUGUUGGCACAUUAUCAUGCCUUGGCAAGUUUUGUAUUUGGUAGUGGCAUUAAUCCAGAGAGAGAUCCGGAUACAUCUAAUGGAGUCAGACUUAUAGCAGUCAACAACUUCUGUGUCUGUGAUCUUGCCAAUGACAACAACAUAGAAAAUGCAUCCCUCACAAGUAGCAACUUUGGGAAUGUCAUGGUGUUUUUGCAGAUUGCAGAUUCUUUAAGUGAGCUGGAAGCCUUAAUGGAAAGGAUGAAGAGGCUACAAGAAGAUAAAGAGGAUGAAGAAGCCUCUCAGGAAGAAAUGGCAACUCGCUUUGAAAAGGAGAAGAAGGAGAGUCUGCUAGUAAUUAGUGGAGCAUUUGAUGAUGAAAUAGUUUCUACAGAUGUCUCCCGCUAUAUUGAAGAUCCUGGAUUUGGGUACAAAGACUUCGCAAGGCGAGGAGAGGAUCAUCUGCCAACGUUCAGAGCUCAGGAUUAUACUUGGGAAAAUCAUGGCUUUUCCCUUGUAAACAGGCUUUAUUCUGAUAUUGGGCAUCUCCUCGAUGAGAAGUUUCGAAUGGUAUAUAACCUCACAUAUAACACUAUGGCAACACAUGAAGAUGUUGAUACAACUACGCUACGAAGAGCUUUAUUUAACUAUGUCCACUGUAUGUAUGGAAUCAGGUAUGAUGACUAUGAUUAUGGAGAAGUUAAUCAGUUACUUGAACGCAGCCUGAAGGUUUACAUAAAGACAGUGACCUGCUACCCAGAGAGAACUACCAAGCGCAUGUACGAUAGUUACUGGCGUCAGUUCAAGCACUCGGAGAAGGUUCAUGUCAAUCUACUUCUAAUGGAAGCUCGUAUGCAAGCGGAACUUCUGUAUGCCCUUCGUGCCAUAACUCGUCACUUAACCUGAAGCAUCCGCUGGGCAGGAGUAAAGGAGUUUUACUGAGUAUGUAAAGACCUUUUGAAAUAGAUACACACCAGAAGCUGUUUGUGAUGUAGCAUCAGGUUAUUCAAUUCUCUAGUGUCAAAGUUUAGCCGUGCUUCUUGGCGGCUGUAAUGUGCAAUGACGUGUUUUAUUUUUCUUGAUGCUUAACAUUACUAAUGAUAACAAAAGUAACACUGAGGAGCACUACUCUGCAUUGUUUCCGGCUGGAUUUCUGCGCAGUGGUCAGGAUCCUGAAACUGGUUUUGUUAUAUCCAAUCCUAGCGCUUUGUUCUUUAAGCACCGGAGUGAAGUGCUUAGAGACUUCUUUUUCCAAGCAAUCAUUUUUCAGAUUAGUGGAGUCCAGCAGGAGAUGGGUUCUGCCUGAGAACACACCGCCACGUUGUGACCCGUGACGGAGACACGCGGGCUGCGUUGCAUUGGAUUGCCCACUGGAUUCUCCUGUGUCUCCUGGAGAUGGCUUGCCAGUCACUGUCUUACUACAGCAAUUGAAGGUGAUGCGAGAUGUGGAUGCGAACAUUGAGCACACUGCUAAUGUGAAAUGAAUCAUGAUAAAUCCUACAGCAUGCUACUGAAGUACAAAAUUCAUCUGCUUUGUCGUGCCCCUUCCCAAGAGAAGAGGCCUCACGAUUUCCCAUUUCAGCCACACUUACUGUGUUUUCAAUCAUGCAUAAUCUUGUUUUACUGACAGUCACCCUCAGUUGUCCUUACAAUAUCCAUGUUCAUCACGUGUUGCAAUUUGUUUAGUUGGCACCUAUAAAGUUAAUACACAGGCUGACCAAAAACAGGGUGGUGGGUUUUUUUGCACUCUCUUCUUUCUCAAUGUUCUACCUAAGGAAAGUAAAGGAAGGCUAGCAUAUCUGUUCUUUCAUAUUGGAUGUGUAGAAAUUUAUUUCCCAUAACUUUUUCAUAGCAUGAAAUUUUAAUACUUAAAGAAGUUUCUAUGCAUUAGUGUGAGUGAACAAAAGAAAAGUGCAAUAUUUAAAAAGAAAGCAAGCUUUUCUCCCUAUCAUGCCACUGCUAAAGUGUCCUUCUUAUAUAGCCAUAAAGAAAUUUUAAAACCAAAUUUCUUUAUUGUCUAAGGCCUAGCAGUUUUGCUUUAGCUUUUAUGGCUUCAGACAACCUGAUACUGAGAUGCCAAAGCAUCCCCAAAACAAAGCAUUCUUGGACAACCAGUAAUAUUGGGGAAGGGAAGAAAUAAGCUGCCAAAAAUGUCACACACUUUUGUGCUGUUUUCUGUUGCUUUCAGCUAAUUUCUAAGAGCACAAAAUGUUGAUAUUUAUAGCUUUAUUUUGUAUUGCAUUUAAUGAACCAGUGAAGUGCCUAAAGAGAUGCUUAAACUUACCCAGUAGGAUGCAAGUUGUCACCGCUUCAGUUUCCAUCUGUUGGUUUGGGCUUUUCAUGUUUCUUUGAGGAGGGUGACCUUUAUUUCUGUUGCAUACAUUCAAAACUAACUGGAUAGGUUUAUUUUUAAUGUGCCAUUGAACUGUACAAGUUAAUACAGGACUUUUUUCCAUUGGUGAUUGCAGAAUAGUU